CAUCUCUAGCAUAAAGUAAUGUGAACCAGCCUUUAAUGAAAAUAUAUGUAUAUGCUUUAGUUUGUCCAAUAUGUAUUUGUGAACAACAUUUUCAAGGAACUACAGAAUUGUAUCGACAUUUACGUUGUCGUUAUACGCAGUGUAUUUUCACAUAUUUUUCAUCAAAUUAUAUUGCUGUUUAAUUUCUUUAAUAGUUGUAAACGUUCAAAUUUUUAGUAAUUUUCGCUUAUUUAUAGCUAUUAGAAUUUCUAAUGAUGUCAAAGUUUUUACUACUCCUUUGCUUUACUGCAGUUCACGUUCUGGGUGAAGGACAAAAAGAAAUUUUAUCCAAAGAUAAAAAUAUUCAGAAUGGAAUAGCUUUGCAAAAUGAACAUCUUGAAGCAAAUAUUUCCUUAAAUAAAACAGUUCCUCUAGAACCAGCGACAGCUGCUUUAGAACCUGUAACAGAUAAAAAUAAUUUAAAAUCAGGAGAAGUUUUACUUAAACAAAGUUCUGUUCAAAGUUCUACAGUUAUUCCCAAUCAUUCUACUAUUACAUCAUCAAGUACAGCAAAUGUUUUGAUUCAUACAAAUGAAACAUCUACUGAAAAAAUUUUACAUACAACAACGAAGUCAGCUGUGUAUACCCGAGUAAAGUCUACUUCAACUUCUCAUAGUGCUGGCAAAUGGGUAGUUGCUAAUGGAACAGAUAAAAUAUGUAUUGUAGUACAGAUGUCUGUAAUGUUCAAUAUCUCUUACAUCAAUGAUAAUAACAGGAAAUCCUUUAUGGUAUUUGAUGUACCAACUGACAAUGUGACUACGAAAGCAAGUGGAUCUUGUGGGAAGUUGGAACAAACGUUGACAUUAGAAUGGGCUUCUAAAAAUAUAACUAAUGGUAGUAUGACAUUGCAUUUUAUGAAAAAUGAUACUGAGAAUGACUAUUCUCUCCAUCAUUUGGAAGUUGUCCUUCCACCAACAGAUUUUCCAAAUACAACACUGAAUACAUCAGUGACCCUGGUACAUGAGGCACCUGAUUUUGUGGUGAAACUAUCCAAUUCCUACAGAUGCUUAAAACAACAGAUGCUCAACUUAAAACAAAAUAAUACUGACGAAACAUCUGGUUAUUUAACUAUAUCAGGUUUCCAAUUUCAAGCAUUCAAAGUAGAUAAUUCUACUAUUUUUGGUUUAGCUAAAGAUUGUGCUUUUGAUACACCGGAUGUUGUACCAAUAGCAGUAGGCUGUGCACUGGCAGGAUUAGUGAUUAUAGUGUUGAUCGCAUACUUGAUUGGUCGCCGUCGAAAUCAAGCUCAUGGUUAUCUUAGCAUGUAAUGUUAAAAUGUUUUUAUCUUUAACUUUUUUCAUAUAACUCAGUGGAAAUUUCCUUAUUUAGUUUAUAUUAUGUAUCGUAAUAUUAACUACAAAAUCUGUCAGAAGGUAUUUCUCAAAAAUUAUAUAUUAAAAAUUGCAAUACAAAAAUAUUUGAGAAGUACUAUUAACAGAAAAAGAUUAUGUAAAAUUGAUGAUUAUUGCAAACCGUGUACAAUGUUUCUGAAUUAUAAAAUUUUUUAUUUACGCAUUCAAAUAAUAAAGUAAUACCAUAUAUAAUAUGUAAAAUAAUAUUAUUGCUUUCGUUAUUCACAUUAUGAUACAAUUGAUUGCAAUGAUGAUUGAAAGUAUAUCUCAAUUUUAAUACUGACAACAGGAAUAAUUGUAAUGAAUAAGAGAUAUAAAGGGAGAAAGAUUACUAUUUUUCAUAUCAGAGUCAGACAGAGAUAUUAUAUGGAAAAUGCCUAGAUUGAAGCUAUAUUUUAAUCUUAUAAUUAAUAAAUUAAAACGUAUACGUUUUACAAUGUUUAUGCGUUAUCUUUUGCUAUAUAGAUAUUUUUAUAUCCCAUAGCUUGGUAUUAUAUUUCAGGUAGUAGUAUUCGAAAAUAGUAAUGUUCAUAUUAUUUCCCAAAUAGUAACAUUUCAGACUAGUAAUAUUUGGAAAAUAAUCAAUUACCAAGCCUGCUCAGAUGAAAAUGACUAUGCACAAGUAUCAUUGCACAUCAUAAAUUAAUGCUAUUUAUUGAUAAAAUAUUAAUACUACCAUAAAAUUUUGCAUUUUAUUAUGAUAUAAUACGUAAUUUAGAUGUAGUAAUAUAGAUUACGUAAAAAGUUCCCAAACUUGUAUCGAAAUCCUAAAAAUGAAGACAUCGGAUGAACGAUAUUUUUAAUUACAUUAGCAUUGAGCGCAUAAUUUUUUUUUUUCUUUUUUUAGGUGAAAACAAUACUAUCAAUGCUACAAUCGUAGAGGUGAGUAUUCGUAAUUUGAAUUUUACAUAAACAUUCCAUUCUAUUAAAAUUUUCGUAUAUAAUGCGCAGCAAAUUGGCGCGCCAAUCGGAAUUGUUAGAAAACAUUCGAAAUAUAUAUAUAUUUGAUUCGCAAGUAAUUGUUAUUUCUCUUAUUAAGAGCUGAAGAGAUAAAAUUAUUAAGCAAUAAAAAAGAAAGAAUGAAUCGUUGAAAUUCUUGUUCAGUAAAUAAAGAUAUUCGUAAAAAAAUUCUAUAUUUUCUAAAAUAAAAACUAUUCGUCAAAAUAUGUGAUGAAAUAUUGUUACAAAUUCAACGAAAAGAAAUUCAUUCGAGAAAAAAGAUAAACUCAGAGAUAAGAUGCAAAAUAAACAAAUAUAUGAAGUGUAUGUAUUCGUCUUUUCACGUCUUUUUUAAACAAUAUUUCAGGGAACAAGUAUUACGAAGCCCUGCAAGAGGUCAGAGUUGUCGUCUGUAGAUAAAAUCAAACUACAGGAAAACACAAUAAAAACAGCCUAA